CAGCGCGCGUCCUUCGUUACGGAGCGGAAACUGCUUCCGGGUCGUGCGACCGGAAGCAGGAAGUGGUCGGCUUCUCCUCGCCCGGCGGCUGCUGUCCCCGAGGCGGGAGGAGCCCGAGGGGGCGCGGGCCCCGCAUGAAUCAUUGUAGUUGAUCACUUCCCAGUUCUCACCACUCGGUUGUGAUAAUCAAGGAAUUUGGUAUUGUGAUUUUGGAACUACCACCUCAGAAUAGGAAAAUAUUUGGGAUUUUAUAUUGGAAGACAUGGAUCUUGCUGCCAAUGAACUCAGCAUUUAUGACAAACUUUCAGAGACUGUUGAUUUAGUGAGACAAACAGGUCAUCAGUGUGGCAUGUCAGAAAAGGCAAUUGAAAAAUUUAUCAGACAGCUGCUGGAAAAGAAUGAACCUCAGAGAGGUCCACCACGGUUUCCUCUCCUUAUAGCUGUGUAUAAGGUCCUCUUAACCCUGGGAUUAAUCUUGCUCACUGCCUACUUUGUGAUUCAACCUUUCAGCCCAUUGCCACCUGAACCGGUGCUUUCUGGAGCUCAUACCUGGCGCUCACUCAUUCAUCACAUCCGACUGGUGUCCUUACCCAUUACUAAGAAGUAUGUGUCAGGAGAUAAGGUUGUGCCUCUGCAUAGAGGUGAUGAAGACAGACCCGUUCCAGGCGGCCUGCCAGGAUGGGAGGGACGAGUUGGUGGCAGCUGCCUCGAGGAAACACAGGUUCUUUAUGAAGGAAAGAAUUGGACUUUCAGAGACUUUUACCCUUGGUCGACCAACACCUGUGAGCAGAAUGAGUCAUACCCCAUCCCUGCCAACUGCACUGGCUGUGCCCAGGAAUUACCCCUUAAGGUUAUGCUCCUAGAAGAUACCCCGAAGAAAUUUGAGAAGCUCCAUCCUCUAGUGAUCAAGACGGGCCAACCCUUGCUGUCUGAGGAACUUCAACACAUCCUUUGCCAGUACCCUGAGGUGACAGAAGGCUUCACGGAAGGUUUUUUCACCAAGUGGUGGCGCUGUUUUCCUGAACGAUGGUUUCCGUUUCCUUAUCCUUGGAGAAGACCUCUGAACAGAUCGAAAAUUUUACAAGAAGUUUUUCCUGUUUUCACCUCCCUGCCAUUUCCCAAAGAUGCCUUCUUGAAAAAAUGCUUCCUUUUUCAGCCGGAGCCUAUUGUGGGAAGUAAGAUGCAUAGGAUGCACGACCUGUUUAUCAUUAAGAGCGGCGAGGCCAUGUUGCAGCUCAUCCCCCCCUCCCAGUGCCGAAGACACUGCCGGUCUGUGACAAUGCCACUACAAUCAGGGGAUAUUGGUUAUGCUGGAGCCAUCCAGUGGAAGAUCUACAUUGAAGCCAGAGGGGUCCAGCCUUUGAUCAUCUGCGAUGGAACCACCUUUACAGAACUUUAGGGGACAGUACUAUAUAAGAACAUCUUUGAGAGCUGAAGACCUGAUUCAAAGGGGAAAAAAUAAAAACA